AUGGAGCGGCGCUUCUCGCGGACCCAGGCCGCGCUGGAGCAGCGGGGCACCGCCGGGAAGCUCCGCAUCGGCGGCCUUGAGCAGUUCGGCGCGACGCAGCAUGUCAUGGCCGACAACUGGGGCGGAUUGUUCGAGCCUGUCCCCGUCCUGGAGGAGUGCGUCUACGAGCCAGCCGCCACCGACACUGCCUCGCCUCCGCCGGUGAAGGAGCAGCAGGAUGCCGUGGUGGUUCCGGACAACUGGGGUGGACACUUCGAGCAGCUCGCCCACAUGCUGGAAGGGGGCGUCUGCGCCAGCGACUGGCUCACCGACGAACCGGCCGCCACUGAAGCUGCCGACGGCGCCUACACCUCCCUCGCCCUCUCCGCCAUCGACGCCAACGUCGGCUACGCGGGGCUCGCGUCCACAGACCAGAUCCGCGGCGAGGGUGCCGUCACUUCCCCCGACCCCGACGCGCCCGCCUGCCUCACGCCCACACUCAUCGUUUCUACCGCCGCAGCUUCUGUGCCCGUGGAGAUUUCUCCAAUGGAGUUCAAGCGCCAGACCCAGGAGCUCGAGAAGCCACCCUCGUCGUCGUCUCGGGCCACGGCGGCGGAGGAAGAGACGCUCCGCGCCAUCCUGUUUGGCGGCUACGUCGGCUCCUUCGGGCUGGAGUUCGCGCAGUCCGUCGAGAAGAAGCAGGUCGCGCAGCAGGAGGCCGAGCGCUCCGGGUUCCUUGUCGCGCGCGUCAAGCAGGAGAGGCUCGUCGCCAUCAACCGCGCCGAGCUGCUGGGCGCUUGCGACCGCACUUGGAUCGAUAUCAAAUCUCUUGCAUUGGCCGGCGGCGUUCAAAGUUCAAACCAACUCGCAGCCCUCGCUAGCUCGGUGGUCGCCGCGACGCCGGCAGGGAAGCACGGCCUCGCCGUCGCGUCGGCGGUUGUGCGCCGGAAGGGGGAGAAUCCUCCUACCGCGGAUGGUACCGAUUUGAGUGACAUCGACUCGGGCUGGGUUAUCCUCAAGAACUCGGAUAUUGUUUCCGCGGAUUUGGCAGCCGCCGCCGUCAGUGGCGGUCAGCGUCUAGGCUCUUCCACUAUUCCUAGCUGGGCACGGUGGGUUCUCGGAGGUGUGGUGUACACGGUCGUGCCAUUCUACAACAGAGUUAGGCAUCUCGAAGGCGAGACAGUGGGGUUCGUGGAGAAUGCUGUGGAGGUUGUGGAGCAUAUAGCUGAAGUAACAGACAAGCUAGCUGCGAAUGUGGCUAAGCAACUUCCUGAAGAUGGGUCUCUGCAGAAAGCAGUAGAGGAGGUUGAGCACAUUGCUGAGGUAGUGGAUGAUGAUGCAGAGAAGUUUGAAGCAGUCGCUGAAAAGAUCGACAAGGUCAGUGAUGAGAUUGAUGCUGCUGUGGAGCCAGUCAUCGAGGAGCUUGAAAAGGAACUCGAUCAGAGUACAACAUCCGACGAUGGAGUUAACACGAAGAAUUGA